GGAAAGGGUAUUUAUUAUAUAACUCCCCAUACGAGAAGGCUAAAAAAAGGAGGAUUAUUUUAUCGGAGAACAUAAAUGUGGCCCUUACAUUGGAACCCUUACAACUACCCAAUGAUCAAAUGAGAGACUGGCACGACUAUCAGGCAAUGGCACGGGACGCCAAGCGUAAGGGUUUUGGUGAAAACGGCACGAGCGCGAAGCUGGGUAAAUCGACUCGAUAUAAGGAAGGCAGACUGUUUGCGAAAAAUAAAUUGAAUGCGCUUCUUUCCGAUUAUAUAUCGGUGAAUCGUUCGGUGCCCGAUGGAAGGCUUCCGGAAUGCAAAAAGAAGCUAUACCCUAAGAACUUGCCAAUGGUGAGCAUCAUUAUAUGUUUUUUCAAUGAGCACAGAAGCGUUCUGCUCCGGUCCGUGCAUAGUUUAUUUAAUCGCACGCCCCCCGAGCUACUUAAGGAGAUAAUUCUUGUGGACGACUUCAGCGAUCUUAAAGAUCUGCACGAAUCAUUGGAUCAAUACGUAGCCCAACACUUUACGAAAGUACGGGUUUUGCACCUCCCCCAACGAGCUGGGCUGGUGCGUGCACGCCUGGCAGGGGCACGUAAUGCUACCGCUGAGGUUUUAGUCUUUAUGGAUUCACAUGUCGAGGCCGGAUAUAAUUGGCUGCCACCACUGUUGGAACCGAUGGCGCUGAAUAAUAGGAGAGUAAUGUGUCCCGUUAUUGAUAAAAUUGACGGCAAUUCGUUCCAAUAUGAAAUAUGUGAUGGUAAUAUGGGUGGUUUACUUGUUUGGGAAUUAUACUAUAAAGAAGUGCGCAGACCGCCCGAAAUUAGAAAGUCAGUGAAGCCAUUCAGAAAUCCUGUCAUGAUGGGUGGACUAUUCGCCAUAUUUUCGAAGUAUUUGUGGGAAUUGGGGGGCUACGAUGAAGGUCUAGAUAUUUAUGGAUCUGAGCAGUACGAGUUAAGUUUUAAGAUUUGGAUGUGUGGCGGCGAAAUAUAUGAUGCACCGUGCUCGCGAGUGGGUCACAUCGAACGGGUUUCCCAUUUGGAACUGUUUCGGCGGAAAAACGCACCAAGCUCUCAAAAGGACUUUUUCCAUAAGAACCAUAAACGCGUGGCCGAGGUGUGGAUGGAUGAUUACAAGAAGUAUUUGUACCGGAAUACAUUGUAUAAUAAAAUUGAUCCUGGUGAUCUCACCAAGCAGAAAGCCUUGCGAGCAAAACUGAAAUGCAAAUCCUUCAAGUGGUACUUGCAAAACGUUGCUUUCGAUAUUAUUAAUAGAUACCCCCCCAUUUCUCCACCCGACUAUGCUCGUGGGGUCAUACAAAAUCUUGGAAGUACAAACUUGUGCUUGGAUCACUACAAAAGGAGUGUUCGCAUGUAUCAGUGUGAUAGGAAAUUGAAGCAUCCACAUUCGUCACAAUUCUGGGCACUUUCCUGGCGUCGGGACUUGCGUUUAAAACGCACUGAAACCUGCCUCACAUCUGUAAGGCCGAAAAAUAAGGCACCAGUUCGGUUAAGACAUUGCCAUUACCAAGGUGAAGAUCAGUAUUGGUUCUACGACCACAGAGCCCAGCAAUUAAAGCAAGGAAAACAUGACCAACGAUGUCUCGAGAUGUUGCCGCACAGCAAGACUCUUAUCCUCAAUGGGUGCAAUAACACUAAUAGAUAUAUGCGCUGGAAUAUUGGCUUUUUUAACCGGACUGCGCUUGAUAAUUACAACAGGAAUAUUUUUAUAUUGCCGUAACAUGAUCUAUCUAUUAUCUAAUUUAUUUGGAAAGUUGACAGGUGUGUAAAAGCGGUCGUAGAUUCAAAUCAAUUGGAAAGAUAGUAUAUAAUAAGUGGAUUUCUUAUACGCUCUUAUAUUUUAUUUGAAUGUGUCUUGUACUUUAGUUUACUUUUCAUAUCAUUACGACAACAACAAUCCCAAUAUGCAUACAUAUCUUUAGAAAUAACGAAAUUGUUCAAACAAAUCGUUUUCUGGCCUUUUUCUGCUCAUCUUCAUUUGUUUGACAGUAACUUACUCUUUACUCUGAUUGCCAGUGUUUCAUUCGUAAAUAAAUAAAAUUGUAAAAUCGAAUACAAAAGAGCAUUAAAAUAUA